AUGGAGCAAACAGGAGAACGCAAAAAGAAGAGGUGGACUAAGAAACAGCUGCGCGCCAGCCAGGGACUCCUUACCCAGCAGUCCAAGACCAACAUCUACGCCUCCCAGGCAGGAACUACCGGUUUUGGGUCCGUUCGCCAUGGGGCUGACAUUCGUGCCGAUGACGUCAACAAAGAAGGCGAGGGUGUCCUUACGCAGCAGGCCGCCACCCACAUUUACGCCUCGCAGAAGGGAAUGACUGGGUACGGGUCGGUGCGGCACGGCGCGGACAUCCGGUCAGACGACUGUGUGCAGGAGGGCCACGGAAUGCUCACACAACAGGCGGAAACUAAUAUAUACGCCUCCCAAAAGGGUAUGCGCGGUUACGGUGCGGUCCGCCACGGUGCCGACAUUCGCGUAAAGGAGCUUUACGAGGAAGGAGAUGACGAUGAAUAUCCGACUGACGAAGAGGAGGAAGUUAAGGCGCCUCCCCCGCGCCGGAGCAUCCGACCAGAUAACCCUGUACCGGAACAAGUUAACGAGCCCGAGCAAAACGGCGAACCCGAGAUUGCAGAGGAAGAAGAAACAAACGAAGACGAACCAACCUUGCGUUUACAGGCAAGUCCUAAUCAGUCAGGGGCCUCGGGCCAGAAAAAGAGGCCAAAGUUUACUAAGGAACAACUACGAGCCGGACAGGGUUUUGUCGGGCUCCAGGCGGGCACAAAUAAGGGGGCAUCUCAGACGGGUAUGACGUCGUUCGGGGCUGGACGUCAUAUCGCCGAUAUCAAAGUUAAAGAGCUGUGGGAAGAGGAAGAUGACGAAAAAAAACCGUCAGAUAAAACAACGUCUGACGUCACGGCCACUGGACUGCCUGGCCCGAAAUAA